AGAGUUGAUCAGAAACGGACACGAUCGUAACCGAGCUGUUUUUACACUUAUUUUAUUCCACCACUGCCUUUACUUCGCCCUUUCACCUGAAGGACAGUAAGACGUUGAAUGAACUGGGGCAUGUUGUCACACUACGUGGGCCUUGCUUGCAUUCAUGGAGGGUUCUGAGGGAUUAUGGGAUGCCGCCUCCGUCUACAUCUCAGAUCUCGUCUCCUGCACCAACCGGACCAACAGCACCAACUCCAGCACAUUAGGGGGCAUUGUCCUGUUACCUUAUUACCAGCAUUCGCUGCCGACGGCCACACUCUUCACGCUGGCGUAUCUCUUCAUCUUCCUGCUGUGCCUGAUGGGUAACGGUCUGGUCUGUGCCAUAGUCUUGAGGAACAGGCACAUGAGAACCGUCACCAACAUCUUCAUCCUGAAUCUGGCCGUCAGCGACCUGCUGGUCGGGAUCUUCUGCAUUCCCACGACGCUAGUGGACAACCUCAUCACAGGUUGGCCUUUCAGCAACACGAUAUGCAAACUGAGUGGUCUGGUGCAAGGAAUGUCUGUCUGUGCCUCCGUUUUCACAUUAGUCGUCAUUGCUGUGGACAGGUUUCGCUGCAUCGUUUACCCGUUCAAGCCCAAACUUACGCUCUUUGUCGCAAAGGUGUCAAUCGGGGCGAUAUGGGUGCUCGCUCUCACCAUAAUGUUUCCCUCGGUGUUAAUGUUGACCGUCGACCAAGAAAAAGGGCAUUUCAUGGUUCACAGUGACAACAGCACAUACCCGCUGUACUCCUGCUACGAGACCUGGCCCGACCCGGAGAUGAGGAAAGUGUACACCACUGUCCUGUUCGUUCACAUAUACGUCAUUCCCCUGGCACUCAUCAUGCUCCUGUACGGCCGGAUCGGCGCAAAGCUGUACGCCACAGCCAUCCUGACCAGCGCCGAGCAGCCCGAUGUUCCCGUGUCCAGCAAAUGUCCUGCAUCUCAAAGAAAGGUCCGAGUGAUAAAGAUGCUGAUUGUGGUGGCUCUGCUCUUCAUGCUGUCCUGGCUACCGCUGUGGACGCUUAUGCUGCUGACCGAUUACGCCCGUCCAGACGAAGAAAAUCUGGAGCUCCUGACCAGCUAUAUAUUCCCUCUCUCUCACUGGCUGGCCUUCUCCAAUUCCAGCGUCAACCCCAUUAUCUACGGCUACUUCAAUGAGAACUUCAAGAGAGGCUUCCAGGCCGCGUGUCAGCAUCAGGCUUGUUGCUGGGCCCAAAAGAAGACGAGAUUCAGAAUCAAACAGCCCAGAGCUGGAAGCCCUUUGAAUAUGGCUGUUAGCUGCCAACCGCUCAGUCUGGGCUCGAGAACGAACCGGAUCUUCACCGAAAGCGACCUGACGGGAUGCGUUCGCCUGGAGCUGGAGCACCGGAGGGUGUCGAUGGACACCAAGGGCUCUUCAGCCGAAGGGGGAAACAGCAGCAUGUCUAUAAAAAAGGAAAUUCACUCUGAAGAGAUUGAGAAGGUGUCUUCAGCAGGAGGGAAAAUAUACAACGCCUGGGAGCAUUGAAACCACCGUAGACUGAUGUGUGUCAGCCAUCCUGAUUAAUCGGCUGACAUUUGACAAGCUUCUGUUUUCAGUUCUCAAUUUCUUAGUCACAUUUAUUUCUAUAGCGCUUUAUAUAAAACAAAUUGUUUCAAAGCAGCUUCAUAUAGGGCCCUAUAAUUUCUGCAGUGCGGAAAAAGCGGAUGGAUCCAGUCAUAAAAAUGUAAUUUACUGUAUAACGCGGAAUGUCACAGAUUUUGUCAAACUUUUAAUCAAAAGUAGCUCAUUACACUUAAAUCAAAUGGCGAUAUGGACCAGUAUCUGUAACUCUUUAAGCCCUGUUCACACCAAGAACGAUAACUAUAAAGAUAACUAUAUUUAUAUGGGGAAAAAAUAGAACUGAUUUCAUAGGGCCCUAUUCCUAGUAAUAAACAGGAUGACAAUCAAUUGAUCGUUUGCAAAGACCCGCCUUCCUUAGUUACUGUUGCUUUCAAAUGUUGUCAUUUUUAAAGAAAUUCAAACAAUAAAUACCGUUUUGUGGCUCUUUAAAGGUGCAAUAGGUGAUUGUCUUCAGAAACACUUUUUGUUAUACUGGUUGAAAGUCUCUUCACAUCCCGAUAGCAAUCAUUAAGUUAAGUCUAAAUGUAUUUAUCUGUAUUUAUAUAUUCUGUGUAAGGAGUAGGACCAAGAAAUGUUCGUCCAAUCAAAACGCUCGGUCCGAGCGUUUUUAUUGACUUUCCUACCUGCCUGUCAACGUAUGUAUUUGCAUACCUCUGCGCACCCUGUUUGCGCAGACAGGAUCCGUCAUCAGCGCGAUCACAUACGCUAUUGCAGACAGAGCGAGAAUGGCAGACAAACAUCAACAACCCGAUCUUCCUUCCUGGCAUUGUAGUACUUUUACUAACUGUACUAUAAAGUUUUCUCACCGGUGAAUGACACAUGAUGUAGCCCAGCGGUUCCCAAUUCCAGUCCUUGCGCACCCCGUCUCUGCAUAUUUUGCAUGUCUCGCUUAGUUAACACACCUGAAUCAGAUAACCAGCUCGUUAGAAGAGAGCUACGUGCAUGAACUGUGUUCCGAUUGACAUGCUCCCUACACAGUGUUCAUUGCUCCCUACUCCCUGAGCAGGGAAAUCCGUUGGAAGUUUAGUUCACUUUGGAACAUUCAUUCAAGAAUUUGCGCUGUGCAGUGUCUUCACACACAGACAAAACGUACGUCUCGCACAUGUCCACUUCGCAGGGCACUUACGUUUGAAUAGAACAAGCAUCGCAUGUGAUAAUAGAUACAUAUGAAAUGUGAAAGGGGGGGUGCGAGGAUUAGAAUUGGGAACCGCUACUAGCCCAGUCAGGUGUGCCGUGGAAAAUUAUCCAAACUUCAUAUCGCUAUAAUAUUUCGUUAAUAUCAUUUUAAAUCAGUGCUAUUGGUCUUCCUUAUGUCUGUUUGAGGGCUUUACAAAUAUUUAACCAAUUAAGGGCUUGUCAGUAAAACUUCGUAACGCCAUUGGAUCCUCAAACUAUCAGCGAAACCUCGUAACUUCACCCCGCCUCCAUUCAGAUUGACACGCCGCUCACAGCCUGGAGGAGACAGAUCUCCGCUUUUUCGCAAUGCAAGGGUAAAUAAAUAACUUAUGUUUGAAUAAGAACAGCUUUUUCUUUACUUAAACACUAUGUCUGGCUAAUUAAAGGCAAAUUUUUUGUGUGUUUGAAGAGUGGAGAAGAGUUAGCCUACAUUUGCCAUCUAGUUGUAGCCAAUAUACAUUUGUACGUUGUAAAUAUCCUGUGCAUAUAGCGCUUCAUAUCAGAGAUUUUGUGUAUUAAACAACAAGAAAAGCCAAGCGCCCAUAUAGGUACAAUAAAUGUUAUAACCUGUAAUGUUAAGUUGAUGAAAGCGUAAUGCGAUGCACUCAGAUACAGCCGUUCUAAAGACUAGACAAAACACAGAUCUCCGUCAUUCGCUGGUCAAAAACCUUGUUAACUCCAUUUGAGCUUGAUUUUCACACAAUGUUAAGUGCAAGUGUCUGCUAGAACCACAAUAUCAACUCUGACGAUGCAGUGUUUAAUUUGUGGUUAAGGCUAGAAGGGACACACUACUGGGUAUGCGCAUUUACAUAUUUUCCAAACCAACAAAAUAACAUAAAACCUAUGAAAAUGAUUUUAAAAAGCAUAUGGCGCCAUAGUGUCAUCAGUGCAGUAAAGGACUUGUCACAGUUUAAUGAGUGGGAAGAUGGCAUGAAGCAAUGCGAGGUUCAUGUGCAUAUACAGCUCGGGGCGAAGUUCAUGGGAUUUUGUCCACAAAAUAAGAGCACACGUUUUAACAUUAUUUUAUUAUUUAACACUCAGUAUUUUAACUUAAGCGCUGCAAGCCAUGCAUACAGCGCCGGACGUGACAUGUUUUCUGGUAGAAAAACAAGUACUUUAAAAGAAUACCGUAGCUUUGUUGUUUAAAGUUGUUUAAAAUAAUUUUGGUAACACUUUAGAAUAGGGAACACUUAUUCACUAUUUACUACGACUUUUCCCUCAAUAAAUUCCUAAUUUGCUGCUUAUUAAUAGUUAGUGCGGUAGUUGUUAAGUUUAGGUUUUGGGUAGGAUUAGGGAUGUAGAAUAAGGUCAUGUAGAAUAAGGCAUUAAUAUAUGCCUAAUUACUACUAAUAAAUGGCUAAUAUUCUAGUAAUAUGCAUGCUAAUAAGCAACUAGUUAAGAAAUCCUAAAAUAAAGUGUUACCAUAAUUUUAUUUAUAAAUUAAUAAUGUUUAUUUUUAUUUAAAAUUUAUUUAUUUUAGUUCUGAAAAAUAUUUUUGAAAGUCUCUUCUGCUCACCAAGGCUGCAUUUAUUAAUCAAAAAUACAGUAAAAUCGUGAAAAUAUCUGUUUACAGUGUAAAAUAUCUGUUCUCUAUGUGAAUAUAUGUUCAACUGUCAUUUAUUUCUGUGAUCAAAUCAUAAUUUUCAGCAUCAUUACUCCAGUCUUCAGUGUCACAUGAUCCUUCAGAAAUUAUUCUAAUAUGCUGAUUUGAUGCUCAAGAAACAAUUCUGAUUAUUAUCAAUGUUGAAAACAGUUGUGCUGCACAAUAUUUUUGUGAAAACGGUAAUACAUUUUAUUUUUCAGGAUUCACAGAUGAAUAGAAAGUUCAAAAGAACAGCAUUUAUUGGAAAUAGAAAUCUACUGUAACAUUAUAAAUGUCUUUACUGCAUCCUUGCGGAAUAAAAUUAUUACUUUAUUUAAAAAACAAACUUACUUUCUGCAGACAAAACUAACAAGAAUAAAGCUCUCAGAUUUAGGUCGUUCUAUGAACUAAUCAUGAAUGUUAAUUAGAGAAGAGUUAAAUGCACAAGAUGAACGUGAUAUCAAUUUACAGGCAACACUGCUAUUCCUUAAUAACUCUAGAUGAUUGUCUUUGCGUCAGAUUCACAGUAACAUCUGCCUGGAAACAUAUGCAGCGUUUUGUCAUUUAGCCUUACGGAGGAAAUGUGUGUGAGCUGACAUUUAACGAGUGAAAUGAAUUUCUCUCCCUCUCUAUUGAAAAACAAUAGAGCUAUUGACAAACGGAAGCAUUUCUGAGAAAAUGACAGGAAAACUACAGACACCUGCAGCAAAUUACAGCACUGUGAGCCUCUCUCACGGCAGAAAGUCAUAAUUUCCCAUGAGAGAUGAAGUUCUGUUCUUUACCAGCAAGAAUAUGCUGGAAAAUGAAGGAUUACUCUGUUUACAUACCUGGAGUAUUGAAGAUGAAAAUCGAAUGUCCUCAGAGCCACUUGAACCUCAGAUAUGUUUUUAGUAUUUAGCUGAACCUAAAUUGUAUGCUGCUCUACGUUUACAGAAGUUAUUAGAGUCAACAUAAAGUCAACAUUUAUUUUCUUAAUUUAUAUUCCUGGUCUUACUCAUCAGUGACAUUCUUCUAAAGAACAAAUGUUUGUCUUCAUAAUGUUUCAUCAAAAUUUAAUAGCGUUUCCUUUUCACUGACAUCACUUAAGAUUCAUCCGAUGGUGUUUUGUUAACUGACCCAAAACUUCAGUAUAUAACAGCCUCUUUUUCAGUCUAAUCAAAUCCUGAUGGAUGAAAUCAAAUCCUGCCUGACUUUUUGCUGUUUUGUUCUGUUUCUGUCCUAAAUACAUGUCACAUUAUAAAACUAAAUGAGCUGUUUCAUACUAUUUUCUGUUAUUUUCUUUUGCAGAAUGAGCCAAAAAAUAAACUCCUGAGUAAGAUUGAUUUAUAUGCAGCAUAAUUUCAAAUAUGGGAGUGAUUUUAUUUACAUUUUCUUUAAUAUUUAUAUUACUGUGACAAAUGGCAUAUGAAGUCAGUCAUUUAUCAUGAAGCACAAUGUGGCAUUAAUCUGAGUGAAACUGAUGUUUUAAUAAGGUUUAUUAGCCUGUUUUGACGUUUUCUUAUACAGUGUGUCUCUUGGGGUCUUUCAGUGCUUGCAGUGGUGUAAUAUUCUGCAGGUCGCUGACGUGAACCACCACAUCACGCUUUUAUUUUUAGAUGUUGUUUGUCUUGCUGUUAUGCUACCAACCUACUAGACUGACAAUUUAUAUGAGACCUUUAACGGAGGAAUAAUCCUGAUCCAAGUUUGUACUUUGAUCUUAAAGGAAUAGUUCACCCAAAAAUGAAAAUUUGCUGAAAAUGUG